AUGGACCAUCGCGAAGAGGAUGGCCGGCGCAAGCGCCCGGCUCGCUUGGAGGAGGCGAUCAGCAAUCCUGGCGCCGUGAAGAUCAAUGUCAAGGGCGCCUUCAUUGUCGACGACGAUGUCCGCUCGCGGAGCCCCGUGGAGGCCGAUGGCGUCCACUACGAGAAUAAAGACAUUCGGCUGCCGCACCAUACUGGCGUCGUCAGCCAUGUCGCCGUCGAUAUCGGCGGAUCCCUCGUCAAACUGGUCUAUUUCACGCGAGAGCUCGAUGCGGCCGACAAUGGCGGACGUUUGAAUUUCAUCAAUUUCGAGACCCAUCGGAUCGACAUCUGCAUCAACUUCAUUCGCCAGUUGAACGAAGAGCACAAGAAGAAUAAUGGUGGCACCAAGGACGAGCUCUGCGUCGUCGCGACCGGCGGGGGCGCGUUCAAGUUCUAUGACAAGAUGAAGGAGGCGCUGGACGUCAACAUUCUGCGUGAGGAGGAGAUGGAGUGCCUCAUUAUUGGUCUCGAUUUCUUCAUCACUGAGAUCCCCAACGAGGUCUUUACUUACAGCGAUUCCGACAAUGAGCCUAUGCAGUUCGCCGAGGCCAGACCAGACGUCUAUCCCUAUCUCCUCGUCAACAUUGGCUCCGGUGUCUCGAUGAUCAAGGUCUCUGGUCCCCGACAGUUCGAGCGUGUGGGCGGUACUCACCUGGGUGGUGGUACCUUCUGGGGACUCAUGUCCCUGCUCACCGGGGCCCGAACCUUUGACGAAAUGCUGGCCAUGGCGGACCGGGGAGACAAUAGCGGAGUCGACAUGCUCGUGGGCGAUAUUUAUGGCAUGGACUACAGCAAAAUCGGUCUGAAGAGUACCGCGAUCGCCAGCACUUUUGGCAAGGUCUUCCGUUUGAAGAAUGCCGCUGAGGACGGCGCCGAAGAUGGAGAGGGCCUCUACCACAAUGAUCAUGAGCAGGCCAAUGGCAAGCACGGCGUCAACUUCCAGCAUGAAGACAUGAGCCGAAGCCUUCUUUAUGCCAUCAGUAACAACAUCGGCCAAAUCGCUUACCUCCAAUCAGAAAAGCAUCAGGUCAAGCACAUCUACUUCGGUGGCUCCUUCAUCCGUGGCCACCGCCAAACCAUGAACACCCUUUCCUACGCCAUCCGCUUCUGGUCCAAGGGCGAGAAGCAGGCAUAUUUCCUCCGUCACGAAGGCUAUCUCGGCGCAGUCGGUGCGUUUAUUAGACGCCAGCCCCAAAACUGGGGUCGCCGAAACAGUCUGGAUGACGUUGUGGCACCGCAGGCGGUCCGAAAUCUUGUCCAAAACACCGUUCUGAAUCAACAGAAUCGUUCAUCCAGCUCAUCCUAA